GGGCAACCAGAACUCCAGAAGUUAACCCUAGUCUCUCGCACUAUAGCUACUCACUCUGCCGUCUCUGCGUCUCGACUCUCCUCUCCGCUCGCCCGCGUCUGCCCUUGUCUCUUCUCCGCUCGACGGCGCCUACACCGGACCACCGUAGCACUACUCGCCGCCUCCAUCGUAGCCCAUCCGCCUCCACCGACCACCGCAGUCCAGCCGGCAGCCGCUCCAAUGAAGCGUUCCGGACGACCUUCAAAUCCUCCAAUUCCUCCAUCACAGUCUGUUUCAUGACUUUACAGAUUGAUUGUGCUGCAAUGGGAGAUACUGAUCGUAGCUGGAUGUAUGGGAAACGCAAUACGUUAGAAUAUAUGCGAGGGGUUGAAAAUUUUCUCAAAUAUGCUGAAGAAAAUAAAAGUAAAAAUGCUGAAGAAUUUCUUGUGUGCCCCUGUUGUGAUUGUAAGAAUCUGAGGAAAUUCCGUAGCUCUGAGCAAGUGAAGAGUCAUUUAAUAUGCCGUGGGUUUAAGAAAGGUUAUGACCGGUGGAUAUGGCAUGGUGAAAGUGUACUUCCUAGUACAAGCACCAGUGAUAAUAGGAUAGGCAAUGAUGAAGAGAAUGAUGAUAACACUGAUACAAAUGGAGAGAAUGAUCGAUUAGAUGAACUCAUACGUGCCAUUCAAGGAAAUUUUAAUGAAGUGCCUCAUGUAUUAGAAAGUUUGUUUGUUAAUUCAGAAAAACCUUUGUUCUCUGGGUGUAGUAGAUUUACAAAGUUAUCUGCUGUGUUAAAAUUAUAUAAAUUAAAAGCAGAGAAUGGGUGGAGCGAUAAGAGCUUUACGCAGUUAUUAGAACUUUUAAAAGACAUGCUUCCUGAUGAUAAUGAGCUUCCUAUUUCAACUUAUGAGGCAAAGAAAAUGUUGUGUCCGUUAGGUAUGGAGAUUAAGGAAAUACAUGCAUGUCCAAAUGAUUGUGUACUCUAUUGGAAAAAGUACAGUGAUUUACAUGUGUGUCCAAAGUGUGGGGUAUCACGUUACAAAAGAAAGGGUGUUGAUGAUGGGUGUAAGGGUAAGAAAGGCCCUCCGGCGAAGGUGUUAUGGUAUUUACCAAUAAUUCCGAGGAUCAAACGUUUGUUUGCGAAUCCAAUUGAUGCGAAAUAUUUGCAGUGGCAUGCUGAAGGGAGAAAAAAUGAUGGAAAAUUAAGACACCCAGCCGAUUCUCUUCAAUGGAAGAACAUUGAUCGAGCGUUUCCUAAAUUUGGUAAUGAGAAUAGGAAUCUUAGGCUUGGGUUAUGCACCGGUGGAAUGAACUCCCAUGGUAACAUUAACAGUCGACAUAACACUUGGCCGGUUCUUUUGGUUGCUUACAAUCUUCCUCCUUGGUUGUGUAUGAAUCGUAAGUACAUCAUGCUGUCAUUGCUUAUUUCAGGGCCUAAACAACCAGGAAAUAACAUAGAUGUGUACUUAGCACCACUUGUGGAAGAUUUGAAAAUGUUGUGGAAUGAAGGUGUGACGGUAUUUGAUGCAUAUAGUCAAACAAACUUCACUUUGCGAGCUAUGAUAUUUUGCACAAUAAAUGAUUUUUCAACAUAUGAUAACUUAUCAGGCUAUAAUACUAAAGGAGCGAAGGCAUGUCCUAUUUGUGAAGAUGAAACAAAUGAUCUUUGGUUGAGCAACAGUAAAAAAAAUGUCUUCAUGAAUCAUCGGAUCUUUCUCCCUACUGGUCAUCCUUAUCGAAAGAAGAUAAAGUGUUUUAAUGGAAAAGCUGAGACACGAGUUGCUCGCUUUCCAUUAUCAGGGCGUGCGGUUUAUGAACGAGUUAAAAAUCUUGAAUUGGGUAAAACAUCUAAACUUGCUAAAAAUAAUCUUUGGAAAAAAAAGUCAAUAUUUUGGGAUCUACCAUAUUGGGAGCAUUUAUCUGUACGACAUUGUCUUGAUGUGAUGGAUGUUGAAAAAAAUGUUUGUGACAGCAUUGUUGGAACAUUAUUGAAUAUGCAGGGUAAGACUAAAGAUGACAUUAAUGCUAGAAAAGAUAUGGUAGAAAUGGGAAUACGAGAUAAGUUAGCACCGCAAGAAUCAGGAGCGCGGACAUACUUACCUCCAGCUUGUUAUACUAUGUCUGAAAUAGAGAAAACAAGCUUUUGUGCAUGUUUGAAUGAUGUGAAGGUUCCUAAAGGUUACUCAUCCAAUGUUAAAAAACAUGUUUCAAUGAAGGAUUUGAAGUUGGUUGGAAUGAAGUCUCAUGUUUGCCAUAUUCUAAUGCAGCACAUGUUACCCGUAGCAAUUCGAGAUGUUUUACCAAAACAUGUUAGGCAUGCCAUUAUAAAACUUUGUUUCUUUUUCAAUGUUAUUUGUAGUAAAGUUGUUGAUAUUGAGGUGUUGGAUGAUUUGCAGGCAGAUGUGGUAGUGACUCUAUGUCAAUUUGAAAUGUAUUUCCCUCCCUCAUUUUUUGACAUUAUGGUGCACUUAAUUGUUCAUUUGGUGAGAGAAAUUAAGAUGUGUGGUCCAGUGUUUUUAAGAUGUAUGUAUCCAUUUGAGAGAUUCAUGAAGAUAUUGAAAGGAUAUGUGAAAAAUCAGUUUCAACCAGAAGGUAGUAUCAUUGAAAGUUAUGUUGCUGAGGAGGUGAUUGAGUUUUGUACGGAUUAUUUGGCAAAUGUUGAAUCUAUUGCUGUUCCUAAAUCUCGUCACGAGGGUAAACUUACAGGGAAAGGUACUAUUGGGCUUAAACUAGAUUCACAAAAAGCUGAAAUUCGUGAUAAAGCUCACCGCGUUGUAUUGCAACAUGAAUCUGAGGCUCAUCCAUACUUUGACGAACACCUGUCCAUGUUAAGGCAUGAAAAUCCUUCAAAGAGUGAAAUGUGGGUGACCAAUGAACACAACCGCACAUUUAUAAGAUGGUUCAAAGAUAGAGUGAUGCAAGAUUUAUCCAAAGUUCCAAAUAACAUCAGUGAAACCAUUAAGUGGCUAGCUUAUGGCCCUGGUAUGCUUGUGUUCUGUUAUGAAGCAUAUGAAAUUAAUGGGUAUACGUUUUACACAAAACGUAAAGAUGAUAAGAGUUCUGUGCAAAACAGUGGAGUUACAUUAGAAGCACUAUCCAGAGAUUACUCUAGUGCCAGAGAUACCAAGCCAGAAGAUGUUGCUAUGCCAUAUUAUGGUGUGAUUGAAGAAAUUUGGGAACUUGAUUUUGUAACUUUUAGGAUUCCUCUAUUCCGGUGUAGUUGGGUUGAUAACAGACGAGGUGUUCGAAUAGAUGAAUUGGGUUUUACUUUAGUAGAUUUUGAUCAGUUGGGUUAUCAGGAUGAGCCAUUUAUACUUGCAUCUCAAGCAAAACAAGUUUUUUAUGUUUCUGAUCCUGUUAAUAGUAAGUGGUCAAUUGUAUUACAAGGAAAAAGAAAUAUUGUUGACGUUGGAGAUGCUGUGGAUGAAGAAGAAUAUGAUCACUUUGAUGAAACACUUCCAUUUUCUAUUGGCAUUCAAGCUUUAGGGGAAGAUAACAUUGAAACAAGUUACAUGCGUUGUGAUCAUGGGGAAGGCUUGUGGAUUGAUAAUCACACAUAAUCAUUUUUUGUUAAAAAAUUUCUACUUCACAACCUACUUCAGAGUCUAAAUCAUAGCCUAAGUGAUGAAGUACAUGAAUUGAGGCAAUGAUGGUCAAAUGCAUGAAGUCUAAGAGACAUGGAGUUUGGUGGCUACUUUUAUUGGAAAUUUGGAUUAGCUUUAAAUAUUUUUAAUAUUUGUAAUUCUCUUUAUGUUUAUUUUACCAUUCCCAUGCAUGCUUUUAAUAUUUGCAACUCUUCUAUUUUCUUAGUUUUUUAUUUAAAUAAGUUUUUGUAUUCAGAAGUUAAGUUUUCAAUAUUAUUGAAAGCCUUUGAGUUUGAAUUAUAUUGUUUGUGUUCUUGUUUCCCUUAUCCUACAUCACUAAGACGAGAAGUCCUACAACCUGCAAGAGAUUGAAAAAGAAGAAGGUAUAUGAAGUAAUAAGUGUUGAGUUUGAUGAGUAUCAUAAAGUCUCUCAGUUUAUUAAGAACUUCAAUUCUUGCAUUGGCACUUUGGUUCGGUUGCAUUUGGAUAUUAAUAUAGUGAUUGACAUGAAGUUGACAAAGGAUUGAAGGAUACAAUUUGGGAUUAUGUUAAGCUAGAAAGUGUUCAACAUUGAAGAUCAUCAAUUGAGAGAAACAAUAUUAAAGGUUGUUGGGCUGCAGUGGAAGGUUUUUAAAACCAGAAUAGUGCAUGAAUACAUUGACAAGAAGCACCCAAAA